AUGACAGUUAGUGAAGAUCUAUCCACAAGAUCUUCCACUUUAAUAGCGACAUCAGCUCCCCUCCCAGCAACUCCAACUAUACCCACUGUAAGAUCAGCAGCAGUAGCUUCCGUCAAACAGAGCAACAACUCCCAUAACAGUAGCAAAAUUGACAUCAGCUCAGAAUACCAUGAAAUUGAAAUUCGUAUCUUAACUAAAUGGAUCAAUCAAAAACUAAGGCAAGUAGGAGACUCGAUAAACAAUAUCAGCAAAGAUUUGCAAGACGGAACUCGCUUGUUGAAGCUCUUGUCUGUCUUGACGAAGAAUGAAACAUUGUUGAAACCAGAAAGGGGAAAUAUGCGGAUACAUAAACUAUCAAAUGUUUCACAAGCAUUGACCUACUUAAAGGAGCAGUGGGGUCAUGAUAACUUACCUGCCGUUGGAAGUGAAGCCAUCGUUAACGGCGACCUGAAAAGUACUAUGGCAUUGACCUAUUUUAUUAUGCUGAAAUAUCAACUUUUGCCUUUAUUUGAUACGGAAUCGGAAUUAUUGCUGCCUCCUCCUCCUCCUCGUCCUCCUCCAUCUCCUUUGCCGACACAAUCCUCGACUUCAGCACGAUCAACGAAAAAGAACAAUGACGAGAACACUCCAACGGCAAGCAAUAGCAAUAUUACAAUGAUGAUGGAAGCCAAAUCGAUCCUCCUUCAAUGGGUUAGAAAUCAAUUACGCGACUAUGUAGAUCAUCACAUACUUUCGACUAUUCAGGAUUUUUCGAGAUCUUGGAGCUCAGGCUUAGCAUUUUGCUUGCUUAUUCAUAGUUAUGAUCCGUACCUGAUACCCAUCUCUUUCAAAGAGCUAAUACAGUUAGCAGCCAAUAAAGAGAACGCUAAACUUCUUUCCAUGGCUUUUGAUAUUGCAGCCGAAAAAAUGAACGUGCCCAAGUACUUGGAACCAAUAGACUUGGCAUUCCCACAUGAGUCCUCUAUUAUGAUUUACAUCAGCGAGCUGUAUAAGCACAUGCUACUGACGCCGCCAUCAUUAGCGACUACCACAGAUGGGCAUCAACAGGAGGAGGAUCAUCAUAGCGUAUCGGACAGACAACAAAAAAAGCUGAGUGAUAUCAAAACAGUAUCGAGUACCUAUGAUAGUAAUAACAGUAACGCAGUGCCUAUCAUAACAACGCCACAACCAUCUAUAUCCACUACAGUGUCAUCCUUCAUGUACCAUAUUAUACCCAGAAAUGCAGACAACACACCCAUCCAUCCAUUAGAUGCUACGAUGGCCAUGGCUAAGGAGUUUGAGAGGUCUUUAUUUCAAUUGCCUAUACCCAGCGACCUGAAAGAAUCAGAAAAGUAUCAACAAAUACGGUCUCAGUGCGACCUUUUCAAAAAAGGGGCCACUCUUGCACAACUCAUCACAGCUCUACAACAGGAAUUAGAUAUCAUCCAACAGCUGAUGAACCAGAGCGGCGCCACCACUUCUGUCACCAAUGAUACAAUUCGUGCCUUGGAAAAUCGCAUUCAUAUCGUUAGCACCAGUAUUCAAGGAGUGCACGAAGAAUAUGAUGCAGAUUUUGACAGAGACGAAAUCUACCUCCGUCGAAUGGAUGCAUUAGAAGAGCGAUACGAGUUAGUGCGUGACUGGGUGGAUGAAGUGCGUAGUUGGUUUGUCGAAGCAGAAAGAAUUAGGACAUGGAUUGAUGAGCAUAUAGAUACCAUUGAGAAAAGAAAUUCUGCAUUAGCGGGUCAGCGUGGUGGUGAUGAUCCUUUGUCAACCGAAAUGGCACUUACAGACGACGCCAUUCGUCAGUUACACCAAGAACAUGAACGGUUGAAGCAUGAAAUUGAGCGUUUUGAUUCCGAUGAUAUGGACCGAUUAAGGGCACACGUGAAAAAGCUAACAGCAGUCCAUGGUACCGAUGGGGCUGUGAAUGGAAAGAAGGACGAGGAGCUCACGCCCGCAGAUACAUCCACUAUCGAAAUCACUCUGACAACAUUAAAUCAAUUAAAUCGUUUGACCAAAUUACUGGAAAGAAGAUCGCAUAAGAUCAAUCUGCUGCUGUUGAGGUCACAAUGGGAAGAAUUAUUUGGUAAUGCAGUAGAAUGGAUAGCCACAACUGAUGCUGAACUAGACCACUUUUUGAAGACAAAAGCGCGAUGGUCUUCAGAACAAGAAGAACAACAGGGUGAUGAAUGCGACUAUGAAAUUGAAGAGAUCAUCAAGACAUUAGUAAACUUAGAGCAUAAAAUUGCCGACUUUGAUCAAACGACUUACUCUGAUGUGUUGGAUGCAUAUCAAGAAAUGGAAGCUCUUCAACAGAUGCCUGAUUAUUUAGAGGCACGCCAAGUAGGGUUUGAAAAAGCUUUUGAAGAUCUUAUGAAGCGAUCCAGCUAUUCUCGAAAGCUGGUUGAACAGUUCCUGUAUACGGUGGAUGCCAUUCAUAAAUUCAAAGAUCUGAGGGAUACAGGCGAACAUUUGCGUCAGCAACUGUCCCAGCAGGAAGAAAUGCCAAACAAAAUGGAUGAAGAGGUGGACUAUUUUGCAGAGAAAGUGCAGGUGUUUAAAGAGAAUUCAGCACGGUUAAUCACGAAUGUGAAUUCAGGUAUUACUUAUCCUGCAGCACCUAAAAUGUCAACUGCCAUUGGAGCUCAAGAUGAACAAGAGGGAGAAAUAACCAACGAGAACAUUAGAAGCACUAUCAGCACGUAUAGUACGGCUUUAGCUUUGCUUGCGGAUAGUUUGGAUCAGUUACUCACCUCACGUUAUCAGAUCAUUUCUCUUCAACAACGUGUAUCUGAGGCGUCAGCGAUACUCAACAAAUGUAAAACAUGGAUACAUGAACGUAUUAAAUUGCUGAGAAAAGCACCCAUUGAAACUAUGCUCUAUUGUGAAUCUAUGCCUGAUCCCUCCAGUUCGCCCUCAACAGAUACUGUUGCCAGCGGGAUGGUAGCAAACAGAGAAAACCGCGUCACUACAAAUCUAAAGCAGAAUGGAAAUAGCAGCAGCUACCACACAUUAAACGCACUUAGCAAUGUGAAUGGAGCGUCUUCAACUACGAUCGGUACCAUAACAAGCGCCAUUAUUGAUGAAGAACAAUUCUUGCAGUUUGAAAAAGAACGCGAUAUGAUAACCCUUCGUUUUCAACAAAUUGAAAGUGAGGAAUUAAGUAACAUACUUCAAACAGUGCAUCAAAUAGAGUCUGAUGUCGAUGCAACCAACGCUGUUUCUAUCGAUCGGAGCGCUCUCAUUAAUCAAGUGGAAGAUUUGCAGGCGAGCCAUCAAAUAUUAAAGGAUCUAAUUGCAUCCCGUGGACGUGAACUAGAUGCUCUCAAGCGACGUUUGGAAUGGGAAACUCAAUGGUCUAAAUCCAACAGCCAUAUUCAAACUCUCGCUCGUAAAUUUUGCGAUUUUAGUGUGAAGAAAGUCUCCUCCUUCAGUAGCGACUUGUUGUCAGACAUAUCCUUCCAAGGUGGUCAAGAAUUGAUGCAGUCUUUGCGUUUCUUACAAGAACGCGUUGCAGAAUUAGAGGAACGCUUUUUGAUACCAUUAGCCGAUAAUUAUUCCGAACUAACGAACAGCUACACUCAAGGACUAUCGUCUAACUUACCAGAAUUUAUGUCGAAUAAACAAGCCAAUUUAAAGUUCAAAUAUGAAGACCUAAAGCACUUGGCUACUUAUACAGCAGAUUUGGUCAAGCAACGACAUAUUGUUACGGAGUUCCUGCUGCGCGUACAAGAUGUACAAACGGAAGCAGAGAAAAUAAAAGAUGGGUUGAACAAAAAAACGCGUCGGAUGAGGUUGAUGCACAGUCAACAGCAGCAGCAUCAAAAGGAACCAGGUGCCCUGUUGGACGAGGACGACGAUAUUUCUUGCUCUCCCAGGAAGAUUGAAACACGUGUGGAUAAGCUCAAACAGGAAAUCAAACAUAUAGAGGAGGGCUGCUGUGGUAAAAACAUGACGUACCCUGUCUAUCAUGGUCAGUGGUUGAAAGUAUAUUAUCAACAAUACCCACAACGCCAGCAGCAAACAUUCGAUGAUUCAGCCUCUCAAAUAAUAAAAAAAAUAAUAGAUAAGCAUAUGAGCAACCUUAGAGAGUUAGAAAAGAAGAUAGAUGAAUGCUUGGAAGAAUAUCAUACCGUAGGACAUCAAAAAUCAAUUGUCAAUGGCUACAUUCAACAAACGUACGAAUUAGAGCGGUGGGUUAGCCAGACCUACGAGCAGCUGCACGCUCAAUAUACCGUUGACGUUUCCUCAGAAGACAUCCAUUUUAGCUCUGUUGAGGAUCUAGAUCAAUUAAAACAGUCUUUUCACUCUGAACUGCUAGCAAAUAUACAAACAUUUGAGACUGAAAAAUUGAAAGUGCUCCACGAUAACGUGAGUCAGUUAAUAGACGAUACUGUCAAUGAUUCGAAGAGGAACUGUAGCACCAAUAAAGACAGUAGUCAUAGUAGCAAUUAUCAAUCAAUGGAUGUCUCCUUUGCAGUUCAAAGAGUAGGGGAAGUAAUGCAGCAGCUGUCACAUCUGAAAGCUGAGUUGUCCGAGCAUGCUUUCACGCUUGAAGCAGCAGUAAUGAGACUGAAAUGGGAAGAAAAAUUACAACAAGGUACCACCUUUUUGGAGGAUAUGAAUGAGCACCUACGGUUUUUAGGGCAAAGGAGAAAUCAGAUUUUCAGUCAAGAAAAAGUUACCACUGAAGAUGCGAGCUCAUUUAAGGAAGCUGUAAAUCAAUUGAUGUCGUUAAAGGAACAAUUUGAAGAGACUCUGUUGCCCGCAAUACAAUUCAGUUAUGAUCAGUUUGUAGACUACUUUCCAAAUCUUUCAAAACCCAUGGCUACACCAGAUCAUCUGGAAGCUCGUAUGGAAUUGUUGAACAAGACAGCAGCUCGUAUCGAGGAAAGCUUAGAGCAACGUACUUAUGAGUUGCAUUUGAUUGAGCAGCGUGUAUAUUGGGAAAAGACAGUGAAGAAAGCAUUGUCAUUUUGCUCCGCGACAGUGGCAAAUAUAGAAUCUUUCAUUGAAGGCAAGGCAAGAUGGCAAAACUCACAACAGCAACAAACGUUAUCUGCAACCCUGACCAAUGAUGCUGAUGAUGAUCAAGAGGCUAUUCUCCGCUCAGAGUGGAGCAACAUUUUUAACAGUGUUGAAAACCAUAAGGAAGAGGUAAUGAUACCACUUCAAGAUCAAUUUCAUCGAUUAAUGGAAAACAACAACAUUUCUCAAGACAGUAACAACCUACCAGUCUUACCACCCCUUCUGGUUCAAACGAUGCAAGUAGUCAAACUUGCCCAUGAACGUGUUGAUUAUCACCUAAAGUUUUCUAAUGAAAUAGUUACGCAACGUUGUCUAUUAUCAGCUUUCAUUUUAAGAACAACGCAAUUGGAAGAAUCAGCUGAGCUUAUUAGGGAGGAGUUUAUUGAAAAUAAAACAACCAACAACAGAAAUACACUCCUGGUCGAUAUCUUGGAAGGUCACUCAGAAAGAUUAAAUAAAUUUAGGAGCGGAAUUGACGAUGUGCGUGACAAUCUCGCCAGAAGUAUUCCCUUCCCAGUUCGCUCGAUAGAAGAUACACCUACUCAAGCAAAGAUCAAGGAUGAAAGUACAAAUACGGUUAUUAAGGAGAUUAUUUCGAUGCGUCUGGCAAAAUUAGAUGAAUUAUGGAUCAGCUUACAGCAAUUGCUCAAAUCAAAGGAGUGUAUAACACGACGUCGUUUAUCAUUAUACACAUUUAAAAAACAAGCAGAAAUUGUUGAAGCCUGGAUUAAGUCUCGUCAAGAAACUCUAGGACAGUAUGAGGAAAAGUAUCUCGUCCAUGAUGACGAGGCGCAGAAGACUCUAGACAGAUUGAGGAGCGCGGUAACUCAACUGGAGGCUAUAGAACAGGCGAUGAUAGCAACGGAGAAUGUCUUCACUGAAUUUAUGUCUACUUUUGACAAAUGCGUUGCAGCAGAAAAAGACAAAUCGUUAGAUAAUGAAGAAGACCGUUUAAUCGUCAAUGAAGAAGUGCAUGAACCCUUCAAUUAUACUCAACAAAUGUCUGAUGUAGUCUACCCAACUCAGCACAAAAUUACGAAUGCUUGGAACCAAUUGCUAGAAAAGGUUAUUGAGGUUGGCAAAGCCAAGAAAGCACAUUUGCUUGAGCAGAAGCUAUCCAUUUGGCAAGAAUCAUUAAAGAAGCUUUUGCAGAUUAUUACUGAAAACAAGCCUACCAUGGUUAUCGAUAGCAGCCUACUUGCAGAAUGGUUCGACAAUUUUCAUCGCUUAGAGAGCAAGGAGUACAUCGAUAUGAGGGCUGAGAUCGAAAGAAGCACAAAUUUAUUCAGCAUAGAACAAAUGAAUAAUGUGCAGUCUUCCCUAAACAAUGGGUCGUCCAUCAUCGAAUUGAUACGCUCGGCACUCACUGCUGUUCAAAAGAAACUUAGCUUGAGAAAGCUUAUUGAAAAUCAUACAAACGCUAUUAACGAGUUGCAGCAGUUCUUAAAUAGACAAAGAAAAGCACUGGCGUCCAUGAAAGAGGACCUUGCUUUAGAAUUCGACGCUACUUACAGAGAUAUUGACGGUUGCAAUCGUCAGUAUCAAACUCUAUCCGCAUCGUUCAAAAAUAUUUGCGAGAUGAAUUCAGCUUUAGAAGCAGAUUAUAAUGGCAUUAUUGAGCAACACAAUAGAAUUAUAGUAGAAGAUGAAAAUUUCAUAUCGGAUGAUCAAUUGCACUUAAAGCAAACAUGGACAGAAAUCAAGGAGCAAGAGUACGAAGUAGCUAUACUGCUAUCACGAGUUUCAAAAUGGUUAGACAUAUUUACUAUAUUGCAAGCGGUAAAGAACACACUGCACCAGAUUGAAUCCGAUCUCACAAGCUUGAUAAUUGGACCAUACGACCAGCAAAGCGUUUCCUUAAAAAUAAAGCAAUUGACAGCUGUAGAAAAGAAACUUACCGAUGAAGCUUCCCAUUUGCAAGAGGAGUUAGUAGAAGAAACUACAGUCUAUAAUCAAUUUGAAUCAGAGCGCUUAGAUUGCUUUACACUGUUAACAAACCUCAGGUUACAAGUGGACAAGUUAAUAGCUGAUAAAGAGAAAGAACAGCUGCUUGAAGAACUGAAAGAUAAAAUUCAGCAACUAUCAACAGUUUACAACGGUAAAUUGAGCGAGCUUAUCAAUAGCAAUACAGAAGUUAUGUCAAGAGAACUUGACACGAAAAACAAUGUUUCAGCAAUGAUGACCUGUCUUAAAGACUCGACUCUAGUGAUGGAGACUUUAAAGAAUGAAAUUCAGGAUGAAAAUGACGUUAUUGAAGUUAAUUAUACUGCAAAACUAGUUGUAGAUCAUUACUCUUCAAAGGAAGAUAUUGACCGAUUACUUACACCACUUUUGUCGAUAACCGAAUCUCUUGACCAGACUAUUGAGUCAACCAAAGCAACUAUAUUGAUUAUGGAUCAUAUUGAAAAACACUUAACCAAAUUUCUUUCUAUAACGAAGAUGAUUGACGACUGCAGUAACAUACUUGAGAAUAUGGCUUUCGAGCAGUCUGUCUUUGAAGUGAAAAGCUUCUUAGAGACAAUUGAGCAAUCCAUAGAGGAAUUGGCUUUGAUCGAGCGAAACUUAGAAUCAUACGGUUCUUUCUGCGCACAAUCAGCAAUACAAGCAAUUCAAAGUGUUCCGUACGUACUUAAAAAUCGCAGAGAAAAUGCACAGAAAGAUGUCGCGUCCCUGAAACAGCGAUGGUUAUCCGUCAAGGAUGAUAUUCAAAUGAGAACAACGCGUGCACAACUCUUGACGAAGCUUAAAGACACGCUUCAAUUUAUCAGCAAUUCGAAGGAGACAAUAAAUGCUUAUAAUUUGAGCGAUCGGGCUGCGUUUGAUGAAAUGCAAGACUUCAACAUGGUCUGUAACGACUUUUCACAAUCUUACUACAAGAGACAGAAAGCGUUUGAAGAAUUGAUGUCUAUUGUGUAUACGAAGAAGUCGAGCGAACAAGACUCAGAAAUACAUCAACUCCGCGAAAAAGUCGCCGCUGCCUUUGAGGAGCUCAAUGCUCUUAUCAACGCAAAGUUGAAAGUAGCGACUGCUAAAGGAGAUUAUUCAGACUUUUUAAGAAUUAUGGAUGAAUUCGAUCAGCAAAUAGGUUCACUCACGAUAGCUAUUGAAGGAGCCUCACCACACCAUUCCAAACUAGUUAACAACAAAUUCAACAAAAGCGAGCUCCAGGCCCUACUUAAACAGCUAGUGUCUUCUUUCAAAACACAUCAACAAACCAUCAGCUCCAUUUUGGAAAAGGCACGCAUGGAGUCAAAGAAGCAAUUUUUCCUAGAGGAUAACAGUCUCGUGACAGAGGGUUUACAGAAAGCCGCAAAACGUUGGGCUCAAACCAAGUCUUCAGCUGCCAGCCGUGAAAAGGAACUUCAAAUGUGUAUACAUCAAUUGGAUCAUGAAUUUUUCACUAAACUAGCCAUUGCUAAAUCCACCACAGCAGCAUCAAAAAGAAACACAACUUUGCUCUUGAGCAACAACAACAACGAGGGUACGAUGAAGCGAACUGAUCAAAAUAGACAAGCUGAUAUAGUUGCUCGUUCCAUGGCGAGAAAAAAUUUGAAAUCACCUGCACAUAAACAACAAGAUUCAUCUUCUACUUCCGCCACAACUGUAACUACGGUGACAAUAGCAAAAGCCAACCAAGAUUACGUGCCUGAUCCAAAUAAUGAAUUAGACGUUAGAUUAAGCUAUAUCGUGAAUAACUCAAACUACAGGAUACGAGUGAAGAAUGUGCCUAAUCAAGUUGGUAAAUACUGGUUUGGUGAGGUUAAUCCAAGGCUUGUGUACUGUCGCGUUUUGCCCAGUAAAAUGGUCAUGGUUCGUGUAGGAGGCGGAUGGGUAGAAUUAACAAAGUUUUUGAAAGAUCAUCAUGUGAUAGAAGGUUCAUUUUCAAGACCGGACUCUGUCGCAGACCAUAACACUGCUGCCAGUAAAAGUCCUCCCGGAACUCCUUUUCAAGAAACCUAUUUACAGACGAUGCGUGCGGCUUCUCCCUCAGGACGAAUCACUAUUCGAGGAGGAGGAGGAGGCAUUACAGAUAAAGCCACCAGUAGUCUUGCUUCCACAAGAUCAAGCAGAUCAGCGGAGGGAAGAGCAAACUCGCCCACACCAGGGUUUAUGGAUGGAGAUCGAUUCAUAAGUGUGGAUGACGAAGGAAAGCAAAUUAUUGUCAAGAUGAAGAAAGCAGAGAAAGAUGCGAAAAUGCCCGUUAUUAACAAAAAGAAGAAGGAUUAA